AUGAAGAUCAUAUACCUACUAUUCACAUUUCUAACAUGUAUUCACUCAUUAACUACAGAAGAGAAAGUAGAUAACUUUUUCAACAAUAAUUCAACAUCAUCACAUACCAAUAACUGGGCAGUUUUAGUCUCAACAUCACGAUUUUGGUUUAAUUAUCGUCAUAUGGCUAAUGUGUUAAGUUUAUAUCGUACUGUUAAAAGAUUAGGGAUUCCAGAUUCACAAAUUAUUUUAAUGCUAAGUGAUGAUAUUGCAUGUAAUUCAAGAAAUGCAUUUCCAGGAACAGUUUUCAAUAAUAUGGAUCAAAAUUUAGAUCUUUAUGGAGAUUCAAUAGAGGUUGAUUACAGAGGAUAUGAAGUAACUGUUGAAAAUUUUAUUAGAUUGUUGACGGAUCGUUGGGAUUCAGAACAUCCACGUUCUAAAAGAUUAUUAACUGAUGAAAAUUCAAAUAUUUUCAUAUAUAUGACGGGACACGGUGGUAAUGAAUUUUUAAAAUUUCAAGAUGCUGAAGAAAUUGGUGCUUAUGAUCUAGCUGAUGCUUUUGAACAAAUGUUUGAAAAGAAAAGAUAUAAUGAAAUUUUGUUCAUGAUUGAUACUUGUCAAGCAAAUACAAUGUAUGAAAAAUUUUAUAGUCCAAAUAUUUUAGCUGUUGGAAGUUCUAAAUUAGAUGAAAGUUCAUAUUCUCAUCAUUCAGAUAUGGAUAUUGGAGUUGCUGUGAUUGAUAGGUUUACUUACUAUACUUUGGAAUUUUUAGAAGGUAUUCAAAAAGAAUCAAAAGGAACAAUGGAUAAAUUAUUUGAUGUAUAUACUUUUGAAAAUAUUCAUUCACAUCCUGGAAUAAGAACUGAUUUGUUUAAGAGAAAUGUGAGUGAAGUUUUAUUAACUGAUUUUUUUGGAAAUGUUCAAAAUGUAAUUGUGGAUGAAGAGGAAAAAUUGGAGUUACCGAAAAUAGAUACAAUAAAUCAAACUAUAAAUUUAGUUGAUAGUAAGGACAAAUCAGAGAAGAUUGAAUUUAGUUUUGCAUGUGAUGAGAAUUCAAAAGAUUUGAUUAAAAUUUCACAAUUUCAAGUACAAUUAUUUGGAAGUUUAACAAUUUUUAUAGUCAGUGGUUUGUGGUUCAUAUCAUCAAAAAUAUAA